AUGAGACCAGGAGGCUUUUGGCUGCAUCUCACACUGUUCGGAGCCUCCCUGCCUGCUGCGCUAGGAUGGAUGAACCCAGGAGCCAGCGGAGGAUGGAACGUGGGUGUGGGAGAGUCCCCGGCAGAGGAAUCCAGAAGCCUUGAUGUCACAAGAAGAGAAGGACUUUCCAGCCACGACGAGCAGCCAGCCUCCUGCGGGAAGAAGUUGUGCGGCCGCGGGAGCAGGUGUAUGCUCAGCAGGGAGACGGGGCAGCCCGAGUGCCGAUGCCUGGAGGCCUGCCGGCCCAGCUACGUGCCUGUGUGUGGCUCAGACGGGAGGGUUUACGAAAACCACUGUGAGCUCCACCGCGCUGCCUGCCUGCUGGGGAAGAAGAUCAUGACGGUCCGCAGCAAGGCCUGCUUCCUGAAAGGUGACCCAUGCACCAUGGCCGACUAUGCCCGCCUGAAGAAGGUCCUGCUGGCACUGCAGAGCCGCCUGCAGCCACUCCACGAAGGGGACAGCAGACAAGAGCCCACCUCCCAGAAGCGCCUCCUGGUGGAAUCUCUGUUCAAGGACUUCGAUGCAGAUGGAGACGGCCACCUCGGCAGCUCUGAGCUGGCCCAGCACAUGCUGAAGGAGCAGGACUUGGAGGAGGACUUCCUGGGUUGCUCGCCGGGUGACCUCCUCCGAUUUGAUGACUACAACAAAGACGGCCUGCUGACCCUUCAUGAGUUCUACACAGCCUUCCAGGUGGUGCAGCUCAGCCUCGCCCCCGAGGAGCGGGUCAGUGUGGCCACAGUGACCGUGGGACUGAGCACAGUGCUGACCUGCGCCGUCCGCGGAGACCUGCGGCCACCCAUCGUCUGGAAGCGCAACGGGCUGGCCCUAAACUUCCUGGAUUUGGAAGACAUCAAUGACUUCGGAGAGGACGACUCCCUCUACAUCACCAAGGUGACCACCAUCCACAUGGGCAAUUACACCUGCCACGCCUCCGGCCACGAGCAGCUGUUCCAGACCCACGUCCUGCAGGUGAAUGUGCCACCCGUCAUCCGCGUCUAUCCAGAGACCCAGGCACAGGAGCCCGGGGUGGCAGCCAGCCUGAAAUGUCAUGCAGAGGGCAUUCCUAUGCCCAGAAUCACUUGGCUAAAAAAUGGCAUGGAUGUCUCAACCCAGAUGUCAAAACAGCUCUCCCUUCUAGCCAAUGGGAGCGAGCUCCACAUCGGCAGUGUCCGGUAUGAAGACACAGGGGCAUAUACCUGCAUUGCCAAAAAUGAAGUGGGUGUGGAUGAAGAUAUUUCCUCCCUCUUCAUUGAAGACUCAGCUAGAAAGACCCUUGCGAAUAUUCUAUGGCGAGAAGAAGGCCUCAGUGUGGGAAACAUGUUUUACGUCUUCUCCGACGAUGGUGUAAUCGUCCUGCACCCUGUGGACUGUGAGAUCCAGAGGCACCUCAAGCCCACGGAGAAGAUCUUCAUGAGCUACGAAGAAAUAUGUCCUCAAAAGGAUGGGGACGCCACCCAGCCCUGCCAGUGGGCAUCAGCAGUGAACGUCAGGCACCGCUACAUCUACGUGGCCCAGCCCACACUGAGCAGAGUCCUCGUGGUCGACGUGCAGGCUCAGAAAGUCCUUCAGUCCAUAGGUGUCGAUCCUCUGCCGGCUAAGCUGUCCUAUGACAAAUCACAUGACCAAGUGUGGGUCCUGAGCUGGGGGAACGUGCACAAGUCCCACCCAAGCCUCCAGGUGAUCACAGAGGCCAGCACUGGCCAGGGCCAGCGCCUCAUCCGCACACCCUUUGCCGGAGUGGACGACUUCUUCAUUCCCCCAACAAACCUCAUCAUCAACCAUAUCAGGUUCGGCUUCAUCUUCAACAAGUCUGACCCUGCCAUCCACAAAGUCGACCUGGAAACGCUGAUGAUCCUCAAGACCAUCAAGCUGCAGAGCCACGGCUGCCUGCCGCAGGCCAUAGCCCACACCCACUUGGGUGGCUACUUCUUCGUCCAGUGCCGGCAGGACAGCUCUUCUGAAGCACCCCCGCAGCUGCUGAUCGACAGCGUCACAGACGCGGUGGUCGGACCCAACGGCCAGGUCACUGGCACCCCGCACACAUCCCCGGAUGGGCGCUUUGUAGUCAGCGCCGCCCCGGGCAGCCCCCAGCUGCACGUGCAGGAGAUCUCACUGCGCGGGGAGAUCCAGACCCUCUACAACCUGAAAGUGAGCCCGGGUGUCUCAGAUGUGGCCUUCCAGCGCUCCUUCACCCAGGGAGACCAGUACCAUGUCUACGCCACACUCGAGACAGAGCCAGACCUGCUGUUCCUGGAGCUGUCCACGGGCAAGACGGGUGUGCUGAAGGGCCUGAAGGAGCCCGCGCCCGCAGGGCCAGCCCGGGCCUGGGCAGGGCCCCGCAGGAUCGUGAGGGACAGCGGGCUGUUCGGGCAGCACCUCCUCACGCCCGCCCGGGAGUCGCUGUUCCUCAUCAACGGGAGACAGAACGCACUACGGUGCGAGGUGGCGGGCGUGAAGGGGGGGACUACGGUGGUGUGGGUGGGCGAGGUAUGA